AUGGUGAAGAAGAAGUCUAAAGAUCUCUGGAAGGCGGAAGGCCCGGCCCCCUCCCGGGCAGCCGUAAAAGACGCCCCGCGGCGGCCCAAACGAAUGGCCCCCCACCGGCCCAACUGCCGCUCCGCCGUGGCCGUCCCCCUCCCUGGCCAGAGCUACAAUCCCACCGACAGCGACCACCAGGCCGCCCUCGCCAAGGCGGUGCGCAAACUCCAAAAAAAGAAGUCCGAGGACGCGAAAUUCGUCCAGACGAUGACAAUGGGGCGGAAUCUGAAGAUUCGCGGGAACUUCUCCGCCGAUAAGACGUGGGAGGAGGAGGUCGUGGAGACCCCGGCGCCCCUGUCCCGCACCCCGAAGACGCGAGAGGUCCUUCAAAAAGAGGCCACGCAGAAGAAAAAGAAGGAAAAACGAAAGAAAAAGCUCGGAAAGAAAGGAUCAGCACGGGAGGCACGGUCCGCCAUGCGGCAUCGCCGGCAUCCAAACCGCGAGGUCGUCGAGCGCGAGGCGGCGGGGCUCGAUGCACUCCUUAAAAAACAUUCGAUACGUCAGGAAAAACUCGCCUCCGCGAGCGCCAAGAGACGUGAAAUUAAAAAGGAAAACCUGCAAAUUAAGCACUUCGGACGUCAUUAUCAUACACCGUUGGUGGUGGAUGUCUUGCCGAGUGAGAAUCUCGUCGGAUCGCUUCGACAUAUGAGCGGAGGAAUAGUGCAUCCGGUGCUGGAGCGAAUGAAAUCCCUGGAGGAGCGCAAUUUAAUUCCCGCUCGGAUGCGGCAUAGCUAUAACAAACGAACCAUCCUCAAACCUAAGGGGGAGCUACGUCUCAAAAAAGAAACCUUUGGGGUCCUUCCCGAAACAUCUUUUUAG